GCUGCCAGGGGCAAAGACUGUGACGUAGCGUGUCCAUCCUUCGGUUAUGCAUCAGGCCCUUGCGGCAAAUAUGGCAGUACUCCCGGUUGCACCUAAUCAGUGUGCUUCCCAUCAUUUUCGAUGCAGACAUCUCGUCCAGGCUGACAGAAGCGCGUUAGAUUCGAGAAAACUCCCCCCGAACCUGGUGGUCGGCAAUCCUGGAUCCAGAAGAUGCGUGUCCUCAAACGAUAAUGGAGGAGAGCCCAGCUGGAGGAGGCGGAGCGUUCAAGACUGUACUCAGUCUCUUUGCCGGCUUUGUGUCUGGCACAGCUUGUCGCAUCUUUGGCCAACAAGACGCUCGAACGUACAUGACCGAUGAACUGUGGCCUCUGUACGCCCUGACCUGAUCACGAGUUUCUGUUCCUGGUCCAUAAAAGAGCAUCAGAUUUCGUCUGUGUACGAUCGAGGCGGCAGGCGCGGCUUGCUCAAAGGCUUCAGGCUUCGCCACGAAGUCUGCUUGAGCCUUGGACGUCCUAUCAAGCCACUUCCAGACAUAAUCACCUCCAAUUAUGUCGUUUCGUUCGACUAAGGCC